AUGAUAAUACCAGUUCGCUGCUUUACUUGUGGAAAAUUAAUUGGGAAUCUUUGGAGCUUAUAUGAAAAAAAAUUAGAUGAAGGAAUAUCGAAAUGUGACGCUUUAGACGAAUUAAAUUUAUCAAGAUAUUGUUGUAGAAGAAUGAUGUUAACUCAUGCAGAUAUGAUGGAUAAAUUAUUAUGUUAUAAUAUUUAUGAGAGAAAGUUAUAA